AUGAAUUUAUCGAAUGAAGAUCGGGAUAGCGAACACAGCGAGGACGAUACGACUACAUUUGAAGUUGAUCAUACCGAUUAUUUUACCACUACUCAGUUGUUUGACUCGAAGGAUGAGGUAGUGGUUUGGGUGAGAUGGGGGGUCAGAGUAAUAUACGGGAAGCAUAAUCAUGUUCCGAUAUACAAGUCCGGGCAUGGGAUGAGUGCAUUGUCUCAGGAGGAGGCGAAGAUCAUUAGUGAUCUGUCACAAAGUCAUGUGCCGCCCAAGAAGAUUUUGGCUAACUUGAGACAAAAUGGUUUGGGUCUCGAUGCUUAUUCGAAACAAAUAUACAAUGAGAAGGCGAAAUUGAAAAGACUAUCUAGGGGUGACCGUACAGUGAUGCAACAUUUGAUUGGGUUGCUUGAGGAGCAUAACUAUUACAAGUGGUUCCGUACUGAUGAAACAACACAUGCAGUUACUGAUUUGAUGUGGGCUCACCCUCAAUCUGUCGAAUUGUUAAGUAAGUUUCCGUACGUAUUACUACUUGACAGUACUUACAAAACCAAUCAGUACAAAUUGCCUUUGUUGGAGAUUGUUGGUGUUACUCCUGUCGGGAAAAAUUUUACUGUAGCAGUCGCAUUUUUGCGCCAUGAAAAUGAAGACCAUUACACAUGGGUGUUGCAAAAGCUGAAGAGACUUUUCCCCCCUCAGACUCUACCUAGUGCCAUUGUGACGGAUCGAGAGUUAGGGCUCAUAAAGGCGCUAGAGAAUGUAUUUCCGACCGUACCUCAUAUCUUAUGUCUUUGGCACAUUAACAUGAAUGUGGGGCGUCGUGCUUCAAGAUGUCUCGGCAAUAGUAGGCGUCGCGGCACGGCUUUUGUAGUUGGUACGUGGCAAACCUUGGUAAAAUCAGUGUCUGAAGAAGAUUUCGCCAUGAAUUACACAGCUUUGUUGGACGAGUACGCGAAUUAUCCAGAUUUGAUUGAGUAUCUCCAAUACACUUGGCUCGUAUACAAAGAGAAAUUUGUAAAAGCAUGGACGGAUCUAAUUUUCCAUUUGGGUAAUACAUCGACAAGCAGGGUGGAGAGCAACCAUAGAGCAUUGAAGAGAUGGUUGGAAUCGUCGACGGGUGGCUUCGACACAUUUUGGGCACAGUAUCACUCAAUGAUGAAAGAUCAAUUUAACGGGAUACUAGCCGAUUUUGCAAAAUCAAAGAGGAUUCGGGCCCAUACGAUCAACGUGCCCGUAUUUAAAAUAUUGUCCAGUGGAAUUGUAACACAUAAUGCUCUGCAGAUGUUGGACGAUGAGAAGGAUGAAGACAUAGACGGUUGCGUCUGUUAUAUGAGGAAAUGUCUUGGACUCCCAUGCAGACAUGAAAUUCGUGCAAAGAUGAAUGCACGACGUGGUGUGUUUUAUGCAGAGGAUGUCCACAUUUUUUGGAGGACAUUUAUUUCGGGAUUCGGGGAUUCCCUAGAUGAAAGUGUUGGUUCUGUUCCCGACCACAGGUCACAGGCUAUUGGCAGGCUAGAAGGGUUAAUGAAUGAUUUGCGUGAUCGGUCAGAAAUUGAGAUCACGGACGUGACAGAUGUCAUUUUCGAACGAAUGCAUCCCGGGGCUAUGGAAAUGAAUGAGCCACCAGUACUAGCCUGCCCGAGAGGUAGACCGCGGACGAACUCUACACAGAGGGAUUGGUCAGGGCAUGAGUUUCCAUUAUUUCCGGGAGAAGGUGAAGAGUCUGGACGAGGACGAGGACGAGGACGAACACGAGGCAACAGAGGGCGUGGUUCAUCUUCUGAGAGAUCUAGCCGUGGUCGUGCUCGUUCAUCGACCGUGAGUGGACCCGCAAUAGGUCAAAUUCCCCGACCCCCUUGGAUGCGACACCUUCAUUUCUGCCUUGUUCCGGAGGUUGUGACGUGGACGGACGUUCAAGGGGAUGGUAAUUGUGGUUAUCGAAGCGUCGCGUGUGCAGUGAAGAACCACGAGAAUGAUUGGAUGGAUGUUAGAAUGGAUGUUUAUAACUGUAUUAAAACACACGAAGAGUUCCUCCCAAAUGUCGUAGGCAAUGUGUGCUCCAAAACUUGGAAUCAAGAGGCGGAGUCGGAGUCCGAACAUCCUCGUAAUCGUCAUCGGAUGGAAAAUCCGGCACCGGAAACUGAUACUUCUGCUGAAAGCGUAGUUGUGGAUCGUACUCGUACUCCUGCGGCUGCAUAUAUGCAUCCAUGGGUGCAUCCAUCUCCUGAUCGGCCUCUGUCUCUGUCUCCUCCUGAAUCAUCGUACGUGGGGGUACAAAAGCACCAGUGCGUUCCCCACGACGUUUAG